AUGGCACCAAUGCUAACCAUUACAGCAAUAGGUUCCACCUGUAAACAAUGUCAAUUUGUCAUGAAUAUGUGUUUCUCGGGUAAUAAUUUGCAGAGUUCUAUGGAUCUGUCGACAUCUGGAGAGGCAAGUGAAACAACCCCGACAAAAACAAAGAAACUUUUUGUUACUGGCCUAUCAUUUUAUACAUCCGAGAAAACCCUCCGAGCCGCAUUUGAAGGCUUUGGUAAGCUUGUUGAAGUUAAAAUAAUAAUGGACAAAAUUUCUAAAAGGUCCAAAGGUUAUGCAUUCAUAGAAUACACCACGGAGGAAGCUGCUAGUGCAGCACUCAGAGAGAUGAAUGGCAAGAUCAUUAAUGGCUGGAUGAUAGUUGUUGAUGUUGCCAAGAGUAGCCCUCCAAGAUACAGCAGGGGUCAGAGCAGAACAGCAACCAGAGGAAAGAGAGAGAAGGUUCUAGAGAGAUUUGUCACUAAGAAUUGA